CGUUUUCUCGUAAAAUCCCAGUGAGGCCGGAGAACCGAGAGGGAGCGUGCGCACAUUUUUCGCUCCGGCCUUCGCGACCUUGUAACUACACCUUUUUUAAAUAGCAAGUGCAGUGUGACAGCGCAAAUAUUAUGUGAAAUAUUUUUUUGUUCUUUGAAAAGGUCUUCCCCCGGAUGCCACUGUGGUCCUACCUCAUCGAUUCGGCUAACCUGUGCUCUAUAAAUUUACGAGUAAAACAAGAGAAAUUAAAGUUGACAGUAAAAAGGGGAAAAGGAGAUAAAGAGAAAAUACGAGGUCAUUCUGAGGUUUAGUGUCGAAGUGGUGUUAAUAUAAUAAUAAAAUCCAAUAUUCCACUAGUCAUAUCAAAACACCAAGAUGAUAAUGAUGCUGACUAGUGCAUCGCUGAAAAGUACACAAAUCUGAAAGGAAAAGAAAGAGAAAAUAUUAAUAAUAAUAUAGAUAUCUCUAAGAAUAUAUAUAUAAAUAAUUUUACCUCAGAACAUCAGGAGAAAGAAGCAAAAAAAAAAUAUUUAAAUCCUACCCGUCCCCCCUCUUUCCCAUCCAUUCCAAAAUAAAAAUAACGAAAAGAAAAAAAAUAAUAAAAAACCCCACCUUUAAAAAAAAAGGUCCUCACCCCCUUAAAACCCCAACCUAAAAUCACACACCUUAUCAUGGAAAUGGCAAACGACCUGCAAUAUACCAAAAUGGACAUGGCAAACGACCUCUUGUGUUGCGAAAAUGCCUCUGCCGACCUAGACAGUAAGUGCAAAGCCUAUUUUGACCCCGUGCUUCUGAAAGACGACAGAGUGUUGUUAAAUCUUUUGAACCUCGAGGAAAAAUAUAUGCCAAACUCCAGCUAUUUUUCGUGUGUACAAACCGAUGUGGAUCCAUACAUGCGAGAAGCGACGGCUCACUGGAUGCUGCAGGUGUGCCAGGAGGAGCGGCGGGAGGAAGAAGUGUUCACCCUGGCGAUGAAUAUGAUGGACCGGUUUCUCUCGCUGGUGACGAUCCGCAGACAGCAGCUGCAGCUCCUGGGGACCGUCUGCCUCUUCCUGGCGUCCAAGAUCAAGGAGUCGCCCCCGUUGGACCCCCACCUCCUGGCGCAGUACACGGCAGACUCGAUCACCGUGGAGGAGAUUAGGAAAUGGGAGUUGUUGGUCCUGACUCGGCUCAAGUGGGACUUGGCGGCCAUCACUCCGCACGCUUUCCUGGACCAGAUCAUCGCGCGACUGCAGCUCAAGCUCCCAGAAGCUCAAAUGCGUAUGGUCCGCGAGCACGCAACGUUUUUUAUCACAGUCUGCGCUACUGGACUGCCUGAAGGAGUGCCACCGUCAGAUCGAGAUCUGGACGCAGUCGAACGCGGAGUCGCUGUCCACGUCCACGUCACACCCGACAGACAUGCAGGAGGUCAUGUUCUGACGGCUGUCCCGACCCGCCGACCACUUCGCGAACCCUCGCCGUCACCCCGAGCCGUGGGCUGGGGGGGACGAGGACCCCCUGGGGCCCCGUGGGGUCAGCCCCAACACUGCCACAUCCUGCAGUCGGUGACCAGAGGCCUCGGAAACCUCCUCGCAGCACCGACCCCACCGGCGCGGCUGGCGCUGCCCGCCGGUGUCGGCGUGGGGGCCGCCGCCCCUCCUCGGGCGCCGCCCCCGCCACGCCUUCAUGUGCACAAGCUAGUCGGGUCGCUAAUUUAUAUCGGAUAAACAUUGACAUAAGCUACUGCUGUUGCCUCCGCUGCUCCCGGCAACCGUUCCAGCACGAGCACGCCCUUCCACUGACGUUCCGUGGCCCACCUCCCGGCGCUCAGCCCCCCGCGCCGCCGCCGCCCGGGCCCGGCCGAGCCCACAGCGCCCCCGCGGCCCCGGCGGCGCGCGCGCGCCCGGAGCACCGCGCCGAGAGCGACCUCAACGCCGGCUGAGAUCGCCACUGCCUUCGGAAUCGCCAAGGACUCCAUGCAUUUGUCUGAGGACUUCCUGUUCGUUAGGGGGACCAAGAAGCCGCCUGCCCUGAGGGCCUCCCGCGCCGCCGCCGGGAGGCCGAGUGCCGCCUGCCGCAGCCGCAGGCGACGGGAGGCGCGUGUGCGGCGCCAACGCCUCAGGCGCAACGGCACCAAAACUGUGAUUCCUUUUUUUACUAAUACUUACAUUAUACACACACAAAGAAAAAAAAAUCUACAAAAAAAUAUGAAACUGGAUUGUCAGACUACGUAUUAAGAUAAAUUUCGAUGUGAUAUAACAUUAGAGUGGAAACUUAAGGUUAAGGUCAGUUGACACGUAGGAUAGGAAGAGGCGCGAGGGAGGAGGGAGCUUCCGUCGCGUCUCGGGCGGAAGGAGGAAGGAAGGAAGGAAGGAAGGAGGGAGGAAGGAAGGAAGGAGGAAGGAGGCGCCGCGGAAGAGAGCGAACGAGCGGCGUGGGCGUCCGGCCGCGAAACCAGCGCAACCGGACGCCUAUGUAUUUUUUUUUUUCCUUUUUUUUCGGCUUUGCUUUUGUUUUAGAGUCGGAGAGAAAUUAAUUCAUAGCGAGACUAAUCAUUUUCUUCCGUUUUCCUCUCUCUCCUUUUUAUUUGAAAUAUUCACUCGAGGAUUUCCAUACUUCCUUUUAAAAUCAA